CUCGACCGCUGCAUUCCUAAAGCUGCGUUACGCUGCUUAGUCCAUCUAGGAGCUCAGUCUGCACGGUGAGGGUGCUCACGAAAGAUACGAUGGCGAGUGAAAUCUGGUGUUCCAUACUUUGUCAUGGACGGCAGAAGAGAUCUCGUUUCCUGGAACGAGGAGUGCUGGUCGUUCUCGAUUUGCAAGAUCAGACAGCGGUGAACCCCAAAAUGCAAGAUGAAACAGCGCAAUCCCGAUUUCAAUGGACAGGCAGCGUGCUUUUUGCCACGCUGCACGCCUCUCUAUCCACAAUCGCAUCGAGGUGAUCGGGAGGACGAGCGAACUUACCUUCACAUUUCCAGGCAUACUUUGCUGCUUAUGAAAUAGCUGGCGUGAUCGAGAAGAAUUCUUUCCAGGCGCCGUUGUUUACCUAGGCACCCCGCCUAGGUCAUCUGGGAAAUAUCAUUGGAGUUUCUAAAUAGCAAAGAUUCUUGUCAGAAAUAAAUACAAGCCUAAGAAGACUGAUUUGAGUCAUUGAAAGCAUGCUGUUACCAAUCCUUUGUAAUCGGGCUUGCGAUGUUUCAUCUUCAAAGCAUAGAGCGCGUCUACGAAAGCCCUCGAGUCGAUGGAAGCACCGUUUGGUUUUGAUGCCUAGGGUGUUGUAUUUCUUUAUGGACGGACUGACUCUCAUCUUCUGGAUUGAUACAAGAUGGUUCGUUAGGUCAGAAGAGCUUACGAGCAGCAUUUGGACUGUGAACAUCCUUGUAUUGCGGUAGCUCAAAUGCCUUUCUCCUUAGGUCAGAGGAGCUCAAGCAGUACAAAGAAAUUCACAGUUCAAAUGCCGCUUGUGCUCUCCAUGCUUUGUGAUAAUCUUUCGCCAAGUGUGUCAUUUGACCUCAGAGCGUCCUCAUGACGGGAUCCAUAAUCGAGGAGCCAAGUCAAUGGCUACGUCCAGCACAAGGAGGAUGGGUUUGGAGGAGUUUAAGUCGGAGGUAGAAGCCAAGUCAUCCGCUUGCUUGGAAGCAAACUGCUGCAUACAAUGUCCUCUAAGCUGGCGAGACAAUCUCGGGUCACUCGAGUAUAUCGCGAUCGUCAGUGAAGUAAAAUAGACCUCUAGCACGAGGAGAUUUUGCAGCUUGAGAGAGUCGAUAAGUAAGUUGAGUAGCAAUGGUGCCUGCUGGGACGGAGCCAUCAAAGGAGCGAUGCCCGUCAAAGCCGGCAGAAAGAUAGUACUCAAUGCAAAGGCCAGAUAUCCCUUCGUGCAUGGCCAUGAAUUUUCCUCCUACUCGAGGUCGUGCACCACUUCAAGCCUGGCCGCUGACCACAGGAAGUAGACGUGGAGACCAAGCCCACCAUGUACGAGCCCAACAACUCCUGCACUGCAACCAGUACGCAGCUGCUCUUGCACCCCGGCGAACAACGUGACAUGCAGCAAUUCCACGAGUUUACAUGCUGCAAACCAAAUCUCGCCCUCGCGUCUUGCAUCGACAUCAGCCACGGAGAACGAGGCCUCGUUCGAAGUCGACUGCUGCUGCAGCUGCAAACGGCCAUCGCUGCUGGAGCUGCUGAAUGAUCUAAUUUCAGCACCAUUCCAAGCAGUGACUGCUCAUGGAGCAACAACUUGAAAUGCUAGACGAUUUAAUAGCUGAUGCAAUAGGAUUGUUAUCAUCCAUUGAAGGAUAAGCUAGGUCAAGCACUAGUUUUAAGGAAGAGACUGAGUGAUUCUGAUCAGAGUGACACGUUUUUAUUUGGGCUGGGUUUCAGAAAACGUGCUCGUCAAGUGGUGUAGAAUGUAGACCCUUUGACACACUCGCUGAAAUAGAAUGAGAAAUCAGCUCAAGCAGAUCAAAUCUUGGGCGAUUGCAGGUGAAGAACGGCACCACCGGUCAAAACCAAGUCAAAAAGUGUGAUCUUGAUUUAUUGCAUUUCUUUUAAAACAUUCAACAGUCACUCAUUUCUUCAUCU